AUGCUCAAACAACUUGUAUUACUGGUCGGACUGGCCUCAAGCCUUGUCAACGCUGCGCCGUCAUAUGGGAGUGUGGUGAUCGUCAACACCGAAGAAAGCGCCGCCACGAGCCAGCAGCCCGAGACCCGUACCGGCUCUACGUCCGAUAACUCUUGCUGGGUCAAGGAACUUCCAAACCGUGCACCGAUUUUCCGCCACCCGCAGCCCGACUUAUGUGUGCAGAUCGAACCGCUGCGGCAGCUAAAGAUUUAUCACACGGCCAUCUGUAGCAACGGUACCGAGGCUCUCCUCGCCCGCUACGACGUCCCUGGAUGCAUCGGAGAGCCGUCCAGUCUGGAGACCGUGUCUGAGGAUCUGCUCAAGACCUGUCUGAGCAUGCCUUCGAAGGGCGCUGGGAGCUACGCAUUCUGGUGCGAGGGUGCCGCCGAGGCGCCGCCGCAGAAGCAGCCAUCAUCGGAUCCGAGCAAGCCUAACAACAAUGGCGGAAGCAUCUGGGGCCUCCUCGGGAUUUUGCUUCUGAUCUUUGCCACGAUGCUGUUGGUCGCGGUUAUCAAGCUGGUAUCCUUCAUCCAGCGGGCUACUAAUGCGGGUAACAAGUUCUUGGGUAUCUUUGGACAGAGAGAUGGAGCUAUUGCCCUGAAUUAG